GUCAAAUAAUUUUUACUGUACAUGGCGGAUGUUUAUGUUCAUUUCGGAAGUUUUUUUUUUUGAAUUUUGGAAUAAUGCAGAGGCAAAACCAGUAAAAUGGUCAUUAAAUUUAUUGUGCGCGGUUGCAAAAGUUUCCUUCCAAUAUAACAGAACGUAACGUAAUAGAAUGGUUAAAUAUGUGGAGCUAAAAAAACCCUUUUUGGAAAAAGCAAAGAUUUGUAAUCUUUUUCAUAUCAACCAAUUACAUGAUUACUGGGAAACAAAUGAGUCAAGGAGUCACACCAUUUUUAAAUGAAAUAGCAGAUUGUUCUGUGGUACAGGUAUGAACUUUUGUUAGGUACUUGUUAUUUCUUAUUUAAAAGCGAAGUUUUGUUUCCAGGGAAGAAAAGUAAUUUAAAAAAAAAUCACAAUAAAUUUUUUUCUGAGAAAGAAAGAAAAAUGCAUACCGUUACCUAGAGAAUACUAACAGCUUAAUAUGUGAUAUCACUAGGCUAUAAUUUGUAUUUAAUUGUAUUUAAUUUUUUAAAUGAAAAUUUACACAUUUAAUCGAAAUUGCGGUCUCAGGAAAUCCAUUUUUUGACAAUUUUGUUACACGUAUAUAAGUGCAUAUAAGUGCUAUCGCUGUAAAUAAAGAUAUAAAUAUAAAAAACACAAUUUUUGUUUUAAUGUUUUUAAAUGUAGUUCUAAUUUACACAUACAUUCAAACUUAAUGGCGGCUCGGAACAUCGUACGUUCCGAUGCGCAGAACACAAUUUUUGGGUAUCAGCGGGAUGUAGAGGGACGUGGUGGCGGGGCACAUCCCCGCGCAUUCUGUCUCAUACGCACUCACGCGACGCGUUUGCUUUUAGUGUUUGAGUUACGUUCACUCCUGCUUACGUACAGUUGAGCCCAUAAUUUGUUACUGUUUGUUAAUUGUUUUGUUACGUUUUUUUGUUUGUUUUUGUUCCGUUAAGUUUUUAUUGUUAUUGACUGUUUUGUUUUCAUCUGUGUGUUACACACAUUAAGUUUUAGACUGUUGUUGGUUGUGGGAAAGUACUUUUAUUAUUUUGUUUAAAUAUGCCACGCGGACGAUACAACGUUUUACGCAGGCAAGCCAGAAAAAUGGUGUAUAAUGUCGUGCAAUUUAUGAAAAAGGAGAGUGAAGACGGCGUCCAAAUUCCUCUGAAGCUCGUUCAAAAACGAGCCGCAGCAGCUACAGGCGUCUCACUAAGGACUGUACAAAGAAUAGCUGCAACAGCAAAUGAGUCGGAGAUGCUAGCCGUCUUUCGUACUCCUGGCAAAAAAAGGAAGGGAGUCAAGAGAGUGACGAAUAUUGACAGCUUCGACCAAGGUGUCAUCAAAAGAUGCGUGCACAACUUUCACGUGACUGAAAAAGAGUUGCCAACACUUAAACAAUUACAAAGAAAAUUAAAAGACGACAUAAAUUUCAACGGUUCUGUAACCAGCUUAGGCCGAAUAUUGAAACAAUUAGGGUUUCAAUGGAAGAACACCCAAAAUGAGAGAAAAGUAUUAAUAGAGCAGUCUAAUAUUCGUUUACAGCGCAUUGAAUAUCUGCAUAGUAUUACAAAAUAUCGCUCGGAAGGCAGACCCAUUAUAUAUACCGACGAGUCUUAUGUCGAUUCUUCCCACAGCAUGUCAAAGGCUUGGGGAGAUGGGUCACAAAUGGGAGUUAAAAAGAAAAUUUCGAAGGGUCAAAAAGUUGUAAUAGUGCACGCGGGUUCUGAAGUCGGUUUUGUACCCAACGCACUUUUAAUGUUUAAGGCAGGUACAAAAACCGGCGACUAUCAUGAUAACAUGAAUUAUGAAAAUUAUGAAAAAUGGAUCAAGAAUCAACUCGUUCCAAAUUUGCCAGCAAAUUCAGUCGUUGUUGUAGAUAAUGCUUAUCACAACAAACAAGAAGAUCCUGCACCUACCUCAAACUCAAGAAAAGCAGACAUGCAAUCAUGGCUUCGUGAAAAAAAUAUUGAAUUUGAGGAAACAAUGCUGAAGCCACAACUAUACAAGUUAAUUGCGAAGAAUAAGGAACGCUUCAAAAAAUUUAACAUCGAUAAAAUAUUGAAAGAGAAUAACCACUUAGUUUUACGCCUCCCCCCUUACCACCCCGAUUUAAACCCCAUCGAGAUGGCAUGGGCAGCAAUAAAACAAUACGUCGCAAAAAAAAACGUUAACAGGAACGUAAAUUCAGUCAUGGAAUUGGUCCAGCAAAAAGUUAACGAAAUGGGGGAAAAUGAAUGGGGGGCAUUGUGCCGAAAAGUGAUCAAGAUAGAGGAAGAGUAC